GACGUACAAACUGUCGAAGCGAUCAGGUUUUUGAGAAUAUCAUAUCACACGUCGGUUUUUAGUAUAAAUUCGCUUGCCAGCUACCACCAAGUCAGCACACUAUCUUGUCUACCAGUUGAAGACACACACAAACUCCACAGCCCUAAAGAUGUUCCGCUUCCUUCUUGUUGCCUCGGCCUUCAUUGCCUGCGCCUAUGCUGCUUCUCAGAGCGACGCUUAUGCCACUGGCAGGAGCGACAGUGAUAUCCAGCCUGACGGUAGCUACAGGUUCUCAUAUGAUACCAGCAAUGGAAUCGCUGCUCAAGAGCAAGGAGUUGGUGGAUACUCUGCCAGCGGUGGAUUCUCCUACUACUCACCAGAGGGUGAACUGAUCCAGACUUCAUACGUUGCCGAUGAGAAUGGCUUCCAGCCUCAAGGCGCCCAUCUGCCCACACCACCACCCACUCCCGUGGCUAUUCUUAAGGCUCUGGAAUACAUUCGUACCCACCCACAAUACCAAGAACCAGCUCAGGGUCAACAAUUCGUUCGCCGUCAACCUCAGGUUGUCCGCAAGCCCUUCUUCGGUUAAGAGUUGAAAAGUAUUCCAAGUAUUUACAAAAUAAAAGCUUUCUUAAUGUGUAUAUAUGUUUUUAAUAAACGAAUAUGAUGUAAAGUAGAUAAACUAAAACGUGAAUAUUAACCUGUUCUUGCAAA